CCAUCUCUCGUCUUCCCAUCUCCCACCUUCCGUUCCAAUUGACAUGCCCUCGUUUACGCCCGACUCUCAGCUCGACCUGCUCUUCUCUGCCCAUCUCAUCCCUCAGAAAGUCAGAGAUGAACUUCCCGCAGACCUUCAUAUCCGCCCACUGGCUGCAUCGGACUACCACCGCGGGCACCUCGCAGUUUUGAGCGUCCUGACCACCGUUACGGACCCAGGCGAAGCCUCCUACGUUGCGCAGUUCAACACACUCCGAUCGAUACCGUAUACGUACUAUACGCUCGUCAUCGUGUCGAAAGAGACCGACCGCAUCGUCGGCGUCGGCUCUAUCUUUCUCGAGCGCAAAUUCCUCCGUGGCCUGGCUACGGUCGGACAUAUUGAGGAUAUCGCGGUCGACGCAUCGCAGCAGGGCAAAAAGCUCGGGCUGCGGAUCAUCCAGGCGCUCACGCACAUCAGCGAGAACAACGGGUGCUACAAGACGAUCUUGAAUUGCAGCGACAAGAAUAUCCCAUUUUACGAGAAAUGUGGAUAUGAGAAAAAGGAGAACGAGAUGGCUAAAUAUGCGUCGGAGCGCGCGCGCACACCAAGGCUGUGAAACAUAGCCCACGUUCACACUUAGAUCAUUUCGGAAGUUAGAGCACCCUUGCGUUGGCCAUAGGACUCAUACUCAUACCCUUCGUACAGGCUUGUCAUGGACCUCUACAGUACCAUAUCGAUCUCACCAUUAUAUAUUCAUCUAGAUACCUU